ACAAUUGAAGUCUUUGCACUAGUUUUAUUCCAUUUGUGGGUUUUAGAUUUUAUAACCAUGAAUAAUGCCGAGAAUUUUACAAAUGCGCUGCUUCUGAAGCUAAACGAACCUGACUUUGUCCCCACUCUCGUUUUUGAAAAACGUUUUGUCGAAAUAUUUUGCACGAAGUUGAAUAAAAUCAAUGAGGCGAAGUCGUCCGGAACUUCAAAUCAUUCAAUUGUUAGCAUGAAUGAAAUGCUUGAUUGUGUCUUGGUGAUUGCCAAAAAAGAUGACAAAUUCAUUCCACUUUUUGGAAUUAUGGACUCCAUGUAUGAACAAAUCAUCAACAGUUUAAGAAGUGAACUGAUAGAGAGUGAGUCAUUGGUGCACCUACAUGCCAAGGUCUUAACCUUCAUCAGCCUCAUCAUCAAACAUAUUCCAUCUAGGAGGGCUACAUUUGUAACACUUGGUCUUCACAAAUUAUUACUACUGAAACCAGCGGUUCUAAAUCGUGAUCUAGUAAUGCUGAACGUCGAAAUUUUGGAGUUAUUGAGUGAUAUUCCAGUAGCCUUACAAGACAUUUCCUCAAUUAACGCCCUCAAUUUACUUUUCAGUUUCUUGGAAGGUUUUAUUGGGACCAACGAAUCCGGUUUCAGCUUAAGUGACCCCGAACUUCUUAAAUCACUAUUGGGCCUGAUAAGCAAAAUCUCUCGUGAUGUUUCAUUAAAUAACAGUAACCACCUGAGAAAGUUUGACGAUGUUUUUCUAGAACUGGCUCGAGUUUUUCCGGAACUAGAAGAGACCAUUCAAGGAGUUUAUAAACUAGUCUGCGAAGCUACGCUUUCGUGCUCUAGAGCCUCUUUGUACGCCACAAACAAAUCUCCGCUCAGCAUAGCCCAUUCACGAAUUUCCAAACAGCGAUCUAAAGUUUUUCAGUACAGCAUGAGCAUAUUGGAAUUCAAACCUACACCAAUCGCUCAUCUAGCAAAAAGCGGUAGGAAAUCAGCGAGGUCUGAUGAAUAUACCAUUGAUCGUUACAUCUUUAUUGACAUGAAAAACAUGGAUCUGGAGGUGGAUGCUAUUUCGCUCGAAAAGUCAGUCGAACAAAUCUCUUUGGAAACAACUGCAGAGGUAAUUUGUGGAAUGCUAAAUUCCAACAAAGGCGGCACAAUUCACUUUGGCAUCAGCAACUCUGGAAGGAUAGAAGGUGUUCGUGUCAACCAUGAACAGCGAGAUGGACUUCGUUGUGGAUUGGACAAUGUCUUUUUACACCAGCUCUCGCCUUUACUUCCGUCUUCACUAGUCAGUGUUAAUUUCAUUCCCGUAAGAGAUGAGAAUACGAGGACCACAAAGCCAAAUCAAGCACUUUAUGUGAUCAGAAUCGUCGUCCCAGCUAACAUGAAUACGCUUUACUAUUUGAAAAAUCGGAAUUUAUGUUUUGUUCGUAGGUAUACGGGGAACGAGCAACUUAAUCUCAAAGAAGUUCGGCAAUUAACUGUUUCACUAAGCGAAAAACGUUUUAUGCCAUGACCUAUGUUUUUAUUUUUUUUAAUGUUUCAUGACAUGCUCUGAAGAACAAAAUUCGGUUUUUUAAACUAUACACCAGUUUCAAGAAUU